CUAAUUUUUAGAAAAUAUUUUCACGAUUUUUCUUGCCAAAUUUGGGGGAUUUUUUUUUAAAUGUAACUUUUAAGGAGUUAUUGGAAUUUUCUUCCUGAAGGUUUUGCAAAUUUUCAGAAAUUCGGGGAAUUUUUUGCUGAAUUUUUGUUUUGUUUUUCAGACAAAGAAAUAGUUUUUGGUGCCCGUAAAUGAGGACAACAGGAGGCUUAAAGUGUUCAGUAGAGCUGGACUUGAAUAUCCGGAGCCCAGAAACUGCUAUUCGGGCCAGCCCUAGUGUUCAGAUGCUGUGAAUCUUUGAUCAUCUGAUUGAUUAAGGAUCAGUUUCACUCUCGUGGGACCUGCUCAUGUCAAAUAGACUCAUAAAUAAUAAUAAUAGUAUUUCUAUAAAUGUACACGUUCAUUUGUUGUAGCACUCAGCUCAUAGUACUGUCAGUAGUACUACUGCUAGUACUGUUCGUAGUACCAGAGCUACUCCUGCAGUUCCUCUGUCCUCCUGCAGGCGGAGCUGCUGCAACAUUGAGCUCUGAUCUAAACGAGCUGCAGGUUUCAUCUGAUUCUUCUGCUUCUCCGUCAGAUCAUCGAACCUUCGGUUAUUGAUCCUCAGAUUAUUGAUUAGAGCAGCAACAGAGACUUCGAUCCUCCUCCUCCACCCUCCAUCAUCCUUCCUCCUCCAUCAUCUUCGUCCUCCUCGUCCUCCUCCAGCCGCAGACCGUCAGACGGACGGUCAGACAGACGGACGGACUCCUCCGGCUGCAGUGAUGUCGGCGUCUCCCGCCCUCUCCGACCUUUCCCGCCUCUACCAGACGGAGUUUGUUCGCAGUGCCAGAGCCGUGGGCGUCCUCUGGGCCGUCUGCUCGCUCUGCUUCGCCAUCAUCCAGGUGGUCAUCCUGGUGCAGCCGUCCUGGAUCGGCACCGCGGACGUCCGGCCUCCGCAGCCCAGCGGCACCCUGGGAUUGUUUGAGGUAUGUCUGGAGUCUGAUUGGCCGGUCCCAGACUGUCGUGGCGGUCUGUCCAGUCUGUCUCCUCUGCCGUCCUUCCAGUCGGUGGCAGUGUUGGUGGGUGUGUCUCUGUGGGCGGUGUGGACCAGCGUCCUCUGUCUCUGUCUCUUCAGGUUCUGCAGCGCUGCAACCGUCUACAAGAUCUGCGCCUGGCUGCAGCUGACUGCAGGGUUCUGCCUGGCGCUGGCCUGCCUCCUGUUUCCAGACUCGUGGGAGAGUCCAGAGAUGAGAGCUCUUUGUGGUGACUCGGUGAGGACAAACACUGUGAGGGCUGAAUGUUGGGGAACAGAUAAAGUUCAUGUGGGCAGUUUCUCUCCAGGUAACUGUUCGGUGCACUGGGCCUACAUCCUGGCCAUCCUGGGAGUUCUUGAUUAUGCCAUCUUGGCCACGCUGGCCUUUGUCCUGGCCAACAGACAGGAUGCGCUGCUGCCGCCAGAUUCCCAGGACGUGACCACGGGUCUGCUGAUGACGGCAUGAAGACCUGGGACGUUUGGCCUUCACUUCUUCACUUCCUCCUGAUCUCUUUAUCAUCAUCACCACAGAGAAGACAAAGAAACUCCUCAAUAAUCUCAUUCUUCUAAGACAUGUAUCAAAAUUCAAGAACCCUAACUUGUUAGUUUUAAUUCUAGUGUCUUCCAGUUGAAGCCGUUAUUCCAGCUCUAUGGUUUUACAUGAGAAGUUCUUCAGCACCAAAUGGAGGAACGUAGGAUUCAGUUUCACAAUCCGAUAAAUAAGUGUCCGUUUAUCAGAAUAAAACGUCUUUGGUUUCUCCUUUGCUUUCAUGAAAGAAAAUGUAGAGACGCUGAACUAAAUGAGAAAUAAGGCCAUUCCAGACAUCCAGUCCUCCUGCUUCAUGUUUUGCCUCUGAAUGAACUUCCUUCCCAUCUUUACAUUAUUUCUUGACUCCAGUGUCAGCAUGGCGGAGCAGAUGUUCUGUUGCUCUUGUUGCAAAACCACAAGUCCCUACUGGAGACAACCAUCAGCAAAGAGCAGUUUAGCCUGGGAAAUGAGUUCAAACAGCUACAAGCUAACAACUACAAAGGAACAUGUUCUGCAAACAUGUCUACAAACGUUCCCAGUACUGAAAUCUAAAGAACUAUGAAGCUGUCAAACACCUGGCUCUAGUUCUGUUGAGCUAUCUUAUAGGCCAUCUUUGCACAGAAUUAGGUUUGAGUUCACUUAACUUGUUAGCUUCUAAAGCCAGGUAGAUUAGGGUUACUCUAAGAUCUAAUAAAUGUCUGGCUUUAGUUAGCUUAGUUUUAGCUUAAAGCCCAUUUAGGUGUGAGUUGGCAUUGGGUUACGCUAACCUUUGAGUCCAGUUAGCUAAGAAUGAACUUCUAGGCCCAUUUAGCUCUGAGUCAGUUUUAGGCUUGGUUAACCUCUAUAUUCAGUUUACUUAUAAUUAGCCUGUAGGUCCAUUUAGUGCUGUUUGAUUUGUGUUCAGCUUAGCUAAUAGGACCAUUUUGCUCCAAUCAGAUUUGGUUUCUGUUAGCUUCAAUUCAAAUGUUGUGUUCUUAUUCUGGAGUUAGAGUGAAAGCUGAAGAUCCACUUACAGUUAGCUAUCUUCUGGUCUACUUAGCAUCAAGAUACAGUUAGCUUAGAAUUAGCAUCUAGGUCCAUGUGGGUUAGAUAUAGCUUACAGUUUGCAUCUCAGUCUAGUUUUCUUUGAACUAGUAUCAAGUUAGCGUUUGUUUCAACAUUUUUUUUAAAGAUGCUGAAAAGUCAACCAAAUUCCAGUUGAAGUAAAGCACAAAAAACAUGUUUUUACAACUGAAAAUGUAGCACAAACACAAUGUGAGAAAUGUCUAAAAAAAACGAACUGACAAAAACAUUCUUGAGUAUGUUCAGGUCUGAUAAGGUCUUAAAGAAAGAAGGGAAGAAAAACAAAGACAGCAACAUGGAAACUCUAUGAAACGAUUUCUGUCGUCACAAUUCAUGAAAUGUCUCAAUCUGUUAAAGGAACAAUCAGAUUGUAUUACAACCUCAACACCAGAAUCCUUUCUGGAGUUAGCCUAGUUCAAAGCAAACACUGGAAACAGUCACAAACACUGGAAACAGUCCUGUUAGCUUAGAGUUAGUCUCAGGUCCUGUUAGCUUAGAGUUCGCUUCAGGUUCAAUCCACUUCCAUUAGGAUUUUAGAUCCACUUUGCAGAUAUAACUUUAGGCUCUUUUAACUUCUAGGUCCAGUUAGCUUAGAGUUACUUCAGGUCCACUUAAAGUUAGUUUAGGAUUAAGAUUCUAGACCCAUUUAGCAUCGAAAAGCUUCAGGUCCAUUUAAUUUCUGGCUGCAUUUAACUUAGCAUUAGCUUCAUUAGCAUGUUAACAUAGAGCUAACUUGUUGUCCAGUCAAGUAAAACCCACUGACUACAGGAUGCACUUUAGCUUAUUAGCUCACAGCCUGUUUGACUUUGUGUUAAGCUAGGCUAUCCAGAGAGGUAAAACUGGUAGCGACGACUGAGAACAGGAAGUGAAGCAUUUGCUGUCUGCAUGACCUUUGACCUUUAAGGCACAUCAUCAAUAAAAAUUGAUUGUUUUCCUCCAUGUUUAUUAAAUGAUACUGUGUUUAUGAGAUUAAACUGAGAUAUAAUAAAAAUGUACCAGAUUUUA